UUUGCAGGGCGCUGUGGCCUGGAGAAGUAAAGGGCGGACAGGCGAGGCCCUCCCGCGCUCGCGCGUCCCCGAAAUGGCCCGGAGGCAGGACGAGCAGAGAGGGGGAGCGCCCUUGAUGGCGGAAGGCAAGUCGGACGCAGAGGUUAAGCUCAUUCUGUACCACUGGACGCAUUCCUUCAGCUCUCAAAAGGUGCGCUUGGUAAUUGCUGAAAAGGCAUUGAAGUGCGAGGAACAUGAUGUAAGUCUGCCCCUGAGUGAGCACAAUGAGCCCUGGUUUAUGCGUUUGAACUCAACUGGAGAAGUGCCCGUCCUUAUCCACGGGGAAAACAUUAUUUGUGAGGCCACUCAGAUCAUUGAUUAUCUUGAACAGACUUUCCUGGAUGAAAAAACACCCAGGUUAAUGCCUGAUAAAGGAAGCAUGUAUUACCCACGGGUACAGCAUUAUCGAGAACUACUUGACUCCUUGCCCAUGGAUGCCUAUACACAUGGCUGCAUUUUACAUCCUGAGCUAACUGUGGACUCCAUGAUCCCAGCUUAUGCAACAACAAGGAUUCGCAGCCAAAUUGGUAACACAGAGUCUGAACUGAAAAAACUUGCCGAAGAAAACCCAGAUUUACAAGAGGCGUACAUUGCAAAACAGAAGCGACUUCAGUCCAAGCUCCUUGACCACGACAAUGUCAAAUAUUUGAAGAAAAUUCUUGAUGAGUUGGAGAAAGUCUUGGAUCAGGUUGAAACUGAGUUGCAAAGAAGAAAUGAAGAAACCCCAGAAGAGGGCCGCCAGCCAUGGCUCUGCGGGGAAUCCUUCACGUUGGCUGACAUCUCGCUUGCUGUUACACUGCAUCGACUGAAGUUCCUGGGGUUUGCGAGGAGAAACUGGGGAAAUGGAAAGCGACCGAACUUGGAAACCUAUUACGAGCGUGUCUUGAAGAGAAAAACAUUUAACAAGGUUUUAGGACAUGUCAACAAUAUAUUAAUCUCUGCGGUGUUGCCAACCGCAUUCCGGGUGGCCAAGAAAAGGGCCCCAAAAGUUCUUGGCACCAUCCUUGUGGUUGGUUUUCUUGCAGGAAUGGGAUAUUUUGCUUUUACGCUUUUCAGAAAGAGACUUGGCAGCAUGAUAUUAGUGCUCAGACCCAGACCAAAUUAUUUCUAG